AUGUUGUGGCAGAGCCUGUCUCUGCUGUCGCUUGCGGCUUCACUUGUCUCAUCUUUCGCGCUCCCUGCUCGGAAUACCCAGGAUACAUCUUCGGCCACCUUUUCGUUCGAUGUUGCGCGCAGCGGGACCGGCAAGAGGGACUUUCAGCGCGAAUGGGCCACAGUGAGGCAGAAAUGGGGCGGCAGUAUCUCGAAGCCUGGUUCCUCAGCGUUUUCCCUGGCAGACGAUGAUGGGCUCGUCGACGUUCACCCUAUGGGAAACGAUGAUUUGUACUUGGCCGACAUACAGAUUGGCAAUCCGCCGCAGACUGUCAAAAUGGCGUUGGAUACAGGCUCUUCUGAUGUGUGGGUGCAAUCCACAGAUACAAAUUACCGUGUCAACAGAAACGGACCGUGGGCGCCUCAGUAUCAUCCCAAAGACUCCCACACCUCGUCUCUUCUCAACGUAUCUAGCUGGGAUGUCCAGUACCUGGACGGCACCGCGGCGUUUGGCAUAGUAUACCAGGACACGAUUCGAUUCGGCAACAUUGAGGUAGCAAAUGCCACUGUACAGUCGGCACAGACAAUGGCCUCGCGCUUCGAGACGGAUAUCGAAAUGAGCGGCAUCAUGGGGCUGGCCAAGCGCCUGCGAAACAAUAUCCAGCCUCCUGUGCCGACCUUUAUGGAUAUACUUACACCGCUUCUUGACUCACCCGUUUUUACUGUUGAUCUCAAGAGGAAUGCCACGGGCCAGUUCGAAUUUGGCCGCAUUGACAUGGCCAAAGCGUCGGACAAUAUUACUUGGCUUGACGCGGUCGGCAGGAGCCCUCACUGGGACGUUGAUUUUGACCUGACCUCGUGGACCAUUCCGGACCAGACAUGGUGGUACUAUCGUUUCUCUGGCACCAUUGACACUGGCACCACCCUCAUGUUUCUGCCCAGCGCCCUGGCCAGCCGGUACUGGUACAGUGUUCCUGGCAUGCGACAGUCUGCCGAGCUUGCCGGCGCCUACACGUUUCCUUGUGCCAACGCCAAGCAACUGCCUGACCUGCUGUUCAAGCUUCCGGGCACGGAGCACGUCCUGACCAUUCCCGGACGCUACCUCAACUACGGACCGGCCGACCCUAAGGGCGAGUACUGCUGGGGCGGCAUGCAGAGCGCCGAGGGCAUGGAGAUUGUGGUUCUGGGCGAUGUCAUGCUCAAGGCGCUGUUUGUGGCGUUUGACCUAGACAAGCAGCGCGUUGGAUUUGCCAACAAGGUGCUCACGGACGAGAUGUAG